CACAUAUGUACAUGAGAAUUUUUGUGGACCGGUCUACCAGCAGCUCGUAUUCUUCAGUAUAGAAAUGCUAAGCUGCAAAAAUGGCGGAUGAGCAGGAAGUGCAGCAGCUUGAGUUGCUGUGUAAACAGCUGUAUGAGUCCCAAGAUUCAGCGCAUAGAGCAGAAGCAGAAAAAGCUCUUGUUGGAUUCCAAAAUGCUCCUGAUACCCUUGCGAAAUGUCAGUUACUCUUGGAAAGAGGAGAUUCAGCUUAUGCCCAACUGUUGGCUGCAACUACUUUGACCAAAUUAGUUUCGAGGUCUGCGCAAGGGUUAAGUCUCCAGCAAAGACUUGAUAUUAGAAACUACGUACUCAAUUAUUUGGCUACAAGACCGAAAUUACCAAAUUUUGUAAUUCAAGCUCUAGUUACACUUUUUGCAAGAAUAUCAAAACUUGGAUGGUUUGACUCCGAUAAAGAAGAAUACGUUUUCAGAAAUGUCGUUGGAGAUGUUUCAAAAUUUCUUCAGGUAUUUGGGGGAUCUGUGGAGCACUGCAUGAUAGGAGUUCAAUUGCUUUCUCAAUUAACAUGUGAAAUGAAUCAAAUCUCCGAAGCAGAUGCAAAUAGAUCAUUAACAAAGCAUAGGAAAAUUGCUAGCAGUUUUAGAGAUACACAGCUUUUUGAAAUAUUCCGGUUAUCAUGUUCAUUACUUGGUACUGCACGAGAAAAUUGUAAAAAUUUAAAUUUCAAUGAUGAAGCUCAGCAUGGGUUAAUGACUCAACUUUUACGACUUGCUCGUAACUGUUUAACUUUUGAUUUCAUUGGAACAUCAACGGACGAAAGCUCUGACGACUUAUGUACGGUACAAAUCCCAACAAGUUGGCGACCGGCCUUCCUUGAUUUUUCAACAUUAAAAUUGUACUUUGACCUGUAUCAUAGCCUCCCUAAUACUUUGUCAUCAUUGGCGUUAUCGUGUAUAGUUCAAUUAGCUUCAGUACGACGCAGCUUGUUUUGUAAUACUGAGAGAGCUAAGUUUUUAACUCAUUUGGUAAAUGGUGUAAAGCACAUUCUUCAAAACCCUCAAGGAUUAAGUGAUCCUGAAAACUACCACGAGUUUUGUCGUUUAUUAGCACGACUAAAAAGCAAUUAUCAACUCGGAGAAUUAGUUAUGGUGGAAAACUAUCCAGAAACCAUUCAAUUAAUCGCUAAAUUUACUGUUCAAAGUUUACAGAUGUGGCAAUUUGCUCCCAACAGCGUACAUUAUCUUUUGAGUUUAUGGCAACGUAUGGUUGCUUCAGUUCCUUAUGUCAAAGCUACUGAACCUCAUCUUUUGGAAACUUAUACCCCAGAAGUUACCAAUGCAUACAUCACUUCACGUCUUGAGUCUGUAGCUGUUGUUGUUAGAGAAGGUUUAGAAGAUCCUCUUGAUGAUCUUGGUAUGGUACAACAACAACUGGAACAAUUAUCUGUGAUUGGAAGAUGCGAGUACCAAAAAACCUGUACGUUACUGGUUCAAUUAUUUGACCAAGCAGCACGAGCAUAUCAAGAACUGUUAGCACAAACUGCAAGCCCUACACAACAAAUUGAAAUCACUAUUCAGGAGGGUCAAUUGACGUGGCUGGUCUAUAUUAUUGGAAGUGCGAUUGGUGGUCGACUAUCAUUCAAUAGUACUGAAGAACAUGAUGCUAUGGAUGGCGAGCUUGUCUGUAGGGUACUUCAGCUCAUGAAUCUUACUGAUUCUGGACUCUCUCAAGGUGGCUGUGAAAAACUGGAAUUAGCGAUGCUCAGUUUCUUUGAGCAAUUUCGAAAAAUCUAUGUUGGAGAUCAAAUUCAGAAAAAUUCAAAAGUCUAUAGACGAUUAUCAGAGGUUUUAGGGUUGAAUGAUGAAGCUAUGGUGCUUAGUGUUUUUAUCCGAAAAAUUAUAACAAACUUAAAAUAUUGGGGACGUCGAGAACAAAUUAUUUCAAAGACUCUCCAGCUACUUACUGACUUGUCAGUAGGAUACAGUUGUGUUCGUAAGCUUAUAAAAUUGGAAGAAGUACAAUUUAUGUUAAAUAACCAUACAAGUGAACAUUUUCCAUUCCUUGGUAAUAACGUUGCUGUAACAGAGAUGCGUUGCAGAUCAAUGUUUUACACAUCAUUGGGAAGAUUGUUGAUGGUAGACUUGGGAGAAGACGAAGAGAGAUUUCACACAUUCAUGUUACCCCUCACAGCGGCUCUAGAGAGUCUGGGUCAGUUGAUGGGAGCAGCAGAUACGCCAUUAUUUGCUGCGGAGGAAGCUAAAAAAGCAUUAAUAGGCAUUGCUCGAGAUCUACGAGGUUUAGCAUUUGCUUUUAAUACGAAACCAUCAUAUAUGAUGCUUUUUGAUUGGAUAUAUCCUAACUAUACACCAAUUUUAUUACAUGCUAUCGAAUUAUGGCAUCAUGACCCUCAGGUUACUACUCCGGUUCUCAAAUUAUUUGCUGAAUUAGUUCAAAAUCGAAGUCAACGGCUUCAGUUUGAAGUCUCAUCUCCCAAUGGAAUUUUACUAUUUCGUGAAGCUAGUAAAGUCAUUUGUAGCUAUGGAAAUCACAUUUUAAACGUCGAAGUACCCAAGGAUCAAAUUUAUCCCCUUAAACUGAAAGGAAUCAGCAUUUGCUUCAGCAUGUUAAAAGCUGCUUUAUGCGGAAGUUAUGUAAAUUUUGGAGUAUUCCGAUUGUAUGGCGAUGAAGCUCUAGACAAUGCCCUUAAUACAUUUGUAAAGUUACUUCUAAGUAUACCUCAAAGUGACUUAUUGGAUUAUCCUAAACUAUCAGCGACGUAUUACGUAUUAUUGGAGUGUUUAGCUCAAGAUCAUAUGGCUUUUCUGUCUACAUUAGAGCCCAGAGUUUUUCUGUACAUCUUAUCGAGUAUCAGCGAAGGUCUCACAGCUUUAGGUGCGCUAAAAGACUCCUACACAGACACAAUGGUUUGUACCGGAUGUUGUGCAACACUAGAUCACAUCGUAACAUAUUUGUUUAAACAACUAUCACAAAAAGCUGGAGUCUAUCCAGGAAAAAAGAACACAUCGGUUCCUGCUGGUGGAGAAUUAUUUUUACAAGUUCUGAAGCAGCAUCCAGAAAUUUUACAACAAAUAUUAAGCACUGUUCUGAAUGUAAUUAUGUUUGAAGAUUGUAGAAAUCAAUGGAGUAUGUCCAGACCACUCUUAGGACUUAUUUUGCUUAAUGAAGAGUACUUUGGACAAUUAAGAGAAAAUAUAAUCAGAAGUCAGCCAGUUGAUAAACAAGCAACAAUGGCACAAUGGUUUGAAAAUUUGAUGGAUGGAAUUGAGCCAAACCUAUUAACAAAAAAUAGAGACAGGUUUACUCAAAACUUAUCAAUGUUCAGGAGAGAUAUAAAUGAUUCCCUUAAGGGUCCGAAUAUAUCUGCCAAUUUAGCCAAUGAUAUGAUGACUUCGUAGUGUUUUUACUAUGAAAUCAUUGCAGCUUGGUUCAAAAAAAUAUUACAAUGACUUUGCCGGCCGAUGAAAGAUUAAAUGCACGAAUGUGUGCAUGUGAAUGAACGACUGAAAAAAAAAAAACAGAAAUAGAGAGAACGUUUUUGAUUUUAGAUUAUGAGUGAUUAAUCAAUGAUAUAAAUUACAUUAAAUUUAGCCACAAAGAGUGUAGCAUAAAUGUGGACUGCGGCCUUAAAACUGUUUGUGGUAGCAAGAGUGGUGUGAGUUGAGCGUGUGAAUGCAUUGAAGAUUUAACGAAGUAAAAUAAACUUGCAAUUACCAUCAAAUUCACACGUGAAUUUUGUGAAUGAUGUACAUGAAGAUAUCAUUAAAAAAUAUCUCUUAAGAGUGCUCAGUUCUUACCGUAAUAAAAAACAAAGCAAAUUUGAUAAUUAUUAAUAAUGCCAAGAUGAAUGUUUUGAUUACUGCAUUGCCGCCUGAUUGAGUGCCAAGUGCAUACAUUGACGCUGUGAUUACCUUGCAUUGUUAAUCGCUCAUUUUUUUUAAUUUUCUUCCUAUUUACUUUUGAUUAUCUUUUAAAAUUAAUUUGAAUUCAAGAUGUCAAUAAACGAACAAUGUUUCAUAAUUAUUGACAAAUACAAUUUUUAUACGUGAUUUUUAUUUAAAUUUUGCGACAAAAAACUUGGCUUUGAAUAAAAAAAAAAGAAAUACAAUAAAUAAAAUCAUUAAUAUGUUGUUAAAAUUAUCUGAUAUCAUUAGUACCAGUUUUAAAUUCGUAUUUAGUACUUGGGGGUGUAACUCAGUGGUAGAGUGUCUGCUUCGCAUGCUGAAAGUCCUGGGUUCAAAUCCCAGCUCCUCCAGCCGUUUUUUUUAUAUUUGUUGUCCCCACAUUAGCAUAACAUAGAAAAUAUUUGUACAUUACUUAUAAAUAUUCCUUUGUAUAAAUCCACAUAAACAGUUAUAAUAUUGUUUACCCAAAUUAUUGAACAUUUUAGUUUAAAAGAAUAAUAACUCAAUAAAGACAAAAAUUUUUGCUGAA